UAAAUUAGCAUCAGGAUCACAGGAGGAAUUAUUGAACUCUAAUGAUGAUUAAAAUAAUGCUCUUUGGUCUGCAGCUCAUUUUGUGCGAGAGGACGACCAGGAUGUUUCUGGCUGAAACAGGAAAGAAAAUACUGUCUUCAAUUAUAGUUAAAGCACAAAAGAGCCCAAAGAGAUUUGAGGAAGUGUUUGAGGAGAUGAUUUCCUUCCUGGAGCACACGGAGCACUGGGAGGACACGGAGGUGGAGCUGGCCACACGGGGGGUGAGGCACUUGAACUUCUACGACAUCGUGCUGGACUUCAUCCUGAUGGAUUCAUUCGAGGACCUGGAGAAUCCACCCAUCUCCAUCCAGAACGUCGUCAACAACCGCUGGCUCAACAGCUCCUUCAAGGAGACGGCGGUGGCAUCAAGUUGUUGGUCAGUACUGAAGCAGAAGAGACAACACAUGAAGGUUGCCGACGGCUUCAUUGCUCAUUUCUACGCUGUGUGUGAACAGAUCAGCCCCGUUCUGGCCUGGGGCUUCCUGGGACCAAAGAGCUCCCUGCACGACUUCUGCUGCUUCUUUAAGGACCAGGUGCUCCACUUCCUGAAGGACAUCUUUGAUCUGGACAAGGUGCGCUACUCGUCGGUGGAGAGCCUGGCGGAGGACAUGCUCCACCUGCUGCACCGACGCACCGAGCUGCUGCUGGCCUACCUGGGGGCCGACACUCAGCUGUACCACAGCGGCUGCAACCCCCCUCAGAGGCAGCUGCUGCCCAGCGCCGCCCUGCUGGAGGCUCCGGUACAGUGACACACACAAGGACGGCAUUUAUCCCAGGGCCAGUUCACACCGCCUGCUGGACCAAAGGACCUAUCCGCAGGUGUGAGCCGCCUCUGAAAGCCACCGACUACAUCUCCCAACAUGCCGUGUGCUCUGUACCUGUGGAUCCAGGUGUCUGCCUUCAUCUCCUCCCCUCCUGUCCACCGUGCCACUUUAAAUACCAUAGCAAUAAGAUGUAACGUUGCUGUGAGACUGGCAGUGAUUCUCUGGCGGUAGCUUUUAGGUAUUUAUUGCCGUUCAGAGCAGAAGCAGGUAUUUAUUUAUUUUUGCACACAGCUAAAGGAUGCAGGGUUUAUUUUGUAGAAGUUCUAGUUGUGUCUGUACGUAUUAAUGUGGUCUGCUUCAAACAUCCAUUCGACUGUCACAGAUUUAUUAGACAUAUUUAAACAUCCUAAGCAUCAGCAGUGCAACACUGUUAGAUGUAGGAGCCGCCUGUCACCGAACACAGCGAGUUAGAAAUGAAAAGGGAACAUCUGGCUGCUUAGAUGUCGUUAUUUAAAAAGGUAAAACCUUCAUGCAGGAUUUAACCCUCCUGUUGUCCACAUUUAUGGGCACCAAAAAAUAUUGUUUCCUUGCCUGAAAAAAAUCCAGAAACUAGGCAAAAAAUUCCCCAAAUUUCUGAAAAUUUGCAAAACCUUCAGGAAGAAAAUUCCAAUAAUUUCUUAAGUUUCCUUUAAAAGUUUUAUUGAACAAAAACCCCUAAAUUUGGCAAGAAAUUCUUGGGAAUAUUUUCAAAAAUGAGUAAAAAUCUUCCAAAAAAAUUGUAAAAAUACCUAAAGAUUACAUAUGUAUCAGUAAAACUUGUAAUAUUCUCUUUAAGAACAUUCAGAAAAAAUCUACCAAAAUCCAGCGAAAUUCACUGGAUUUUGGUAGAUUUUUUUAGUGAAUGUUCUUAAGAAUUUUUUUAAACAUUUUUUCUACCAAAAGAUGUUAAAAGAUUUCCCAAAAAUGUUGAAAAUGUGGACAUCGGAAGUUUCACUGUGAAAAUACUUUGUGAAAAAACUUCAAAAUGGGUCAAUUUUGACCCGCAGGACGACAUGAGGGUUAAAUGAGGCCCUAAAAUCAGACUCUGCUGCUGUUGGACUGCUACUCGGUUUAUCACGACAAGCAAAAACGCAAAAAGCCUUACGACGAACGCACACGUUCAAGCCUCGUCUUCGUCUCUGAACGUCUCGGUGUUUCUCUGAAGAAUCCUGCGGUCUGUUCUGUUCUGGAACGAUGGGACGUUUGAGCAGCGGAACUACGAUCCAGAUGUGGACAAAUGUGUGAUCGUCUACUGCUUCUGUAGGAUUUCAUUCUUGAAGGAGCGUGUGAUUCUGAUCCACUACAGCUUUUAUCACAUGUAGUAAAAACAGAGUGAAUUAAAACACACAUGGAUGCCGUUACUAUUCAGAUAUGUCCAGUAAAUCAAUGGUUCUCUCUCCAGGAUCAGACUCCACCUUUCACAAUGUUUCAAGUCCAUCUUCCAACACCCCUCAUGACUCCUCCUGUUCAUACUGACCUUAAACACAACCACUGUUCCCUCUAAGCUGUGCGCGUGCGCAAUCGCGCACUGCUGACACGGUCUCCGCGCACAGAAAA